GACAUCCAUUCGUGUACACUUGGCAGUGCUCUAUUGGAUAGUUCUACAAAAAAUGACGCGCAAAACAUAAAAGCAAUUUACUUUUUGUAAAACACGAAAGGCUUGAAUCACAUCUUUUGGAGUUUCUACAAAAUUCUAUCCAAUUGCCAGAGGUUUUUUUGUUGGUUUAUCUUCAUCAAAUCCUCCAUUUCAACCGACUGCAAUCCGCUUCCCGCAAUUCUUCAGAGGAUUGACCAGCUCUUUUUCAACUUUUCCGUUCGUUUUCCAUCAAUGCUUUCCAAAACCUAGGGUUUCCAUUCGAUCACUUGUUAUCUGAUUUGAUACGUACACUUGUGAUGAGAAGAAGGGACAAAGGUGUUUUCUGAGAAGAAGAACAAAACGAGUUUUGCAGAAUAGGAGAACUGAAAAGGCAACACUAAGGGAAAGUGUCGCUCUGGUCAUUUUUGAGCUCACAUAGAAGAGGAACAGGAAAAUGUUGAGGCUGCAAACAUAUGCAGGGCUUAGCUUAAUAGCUACACUGGCUGUUAUUUAUCAUGCUUUCAACAGUCGAGGCCAAUUUUACCCAGCAACACUCUACUUAUCAACCUCGAAGAUCUGUUUAGUGAUUCUCCUUAACAUGGGUCUUGUCAUUAUGUGCAUUUUGUGGCAAUUAACUAAGAAAAUAUUCCUUGGUUCCCUUCGUGAGGCUGAGGUUGAGAGGCUAAAUGAACAGUCAUGGCGGGAAGUCAUGGAAAUACUUUUCGCUAUCACUAUCUUCCGACAAGACUUCUCAGUUUCAUUUCUUGCUAUGGUUACCGCCCUUCUACUUAUUAAGGCCUUGCAUUGGUUGGCUCAAAAGAGAGUCGAGUACAUUGAAACAACCCCGACAGUUCCGCUGUUGUCCCACUUUCGUAUUGUCUCCUUUAUGGGGUUUCUCCUGGUUAUAGAUAGUCUCUUCUUGUACAAUUCCAUCAGCUAUUUAAUGCAGACAAGACAGGCUUCAGUUUCUCUAUUCUUUUCGUUUGAGUACAUGAUUCUUGCAACAGCUACAGUUUCAACUUUUGUGAAAUAUGUAUUUUAUGUAAGUGACAUGCUUAUGGAAGGACAAUGGGAGGGAAAAGCUGUCUGUACAUUCUACUUGGAACUUAUCCGAGACUUGCUCCACUUGUCUAUGUACCUAUGCUUCUUCCUUGUGAUUUUUAUAAACUAUGGAGUACCCCUACACUUGAUUCGAGAGCUUUAUGAAACAUUUCGCAACUUCAAGAUUCGCAUUGCUGAUUACAUACGCUAUAGGAAGAUCACUUCAAAUAUGAAUGGUCGUUUUCCAGAUGCUACACCCGAAGAGCUCAAUGCAAGUGAUGCUACAUGCAUCAUUUGCCGAGAAGAGAUGACCAACGCAAAGAAACUUAUCUGUGGACAUCUUUUUCAUGUGCAUUGCCUCCGUUCAUGGUUGGAAAGGCAGCACACCUGUCCUACCUGCAGAGCACAAGUUGUACCUUCUGAAAAUAGUGAAGCAGGACCAACAGGACCACAAGCUCUUUCUCAGCACGGAACAAGUGUUCAAAGUUCAUCCCAGGGUCCACAGGCUGGUGGUGAGAGAAAUGGCAAUAUUAACCAGCAUCAAGCUAGGGUACAAGCGGCCAUCGCUGCUGCUUCAAUAUAUGGAAAAUCUUAUGUUUAUACUUAUGCACCCAUACAGUCGUGGUCCCCUGGAUAUACGCAUCCUCCCACCAAUAAACCUACAGAUGACUCUGUCAGUGUAAACUCAGGUGGUGAGAGUGCUUCUUCGAGUGAGCAUUCACAGCCACCACUUCAGUUUGCAAACCCAACGGGCUCUCAGUUUUCGCAGUCUGCUUUUAUUCCCUUCCAGCAUCCUGGCAGCAGCAGCUUGUACUCAUCCCGGAGAUCUAGUGGCAACCCAUCAACUAUCGAAGAUCCUCUACUUGAGGCUCAGAAGACACUCAUAGAACACCAGAUUAAGGUUUUGCAAAACCAACUCACGCUUUUAAAGAACCCAAGAAAUGUUGAGAACAUGACUGCUGCCCCGGAAGCUUCUGAUGAAAAGGGAAAAGCCUUGUCGUCAUAGUCUUAGUAUUUUUGUUUCUGGGUUCGAAUUUGUGAUAUUGUAGAUGUGCGAAUUGAUGACACCUUGUCUGUAUAUUUUGACCUUGUUCUUACCUAGGGAAUAUGAUGUAUUUUGUUGCUCUACAGAGAAAUGGUUGGGUACAAUAUUUGCCUGCAUUGUGCAUGGAUGGAUUACGGGAAUGAAGUAAAAUCAUAGAAAGAUGAGUAAUAGAAUACUUAUUUUUGGUGCUUUUUUGUUCAAUUGUUAAAGGGUAA